CAGUGUCCAUUUUUCAUACAACAUGGCUUCAGAAAUUGAUACGAAAGAGGAAGAAAGAGUUGAGGAGGAGGAAGAUGAACAAAUAGAUGAUGGCGCCACUGUGCCUCCAGAAGCCCUCAUAAAGCAUCCUCUACAAAACAGAUGGGCAUUGUGGUUCUUCAAAAAUGACCGCACCAAAGAGUGGACGGCAAACCUUAAACUUAUCACAGCCUUUGACACAGUAGAAGAUUUUUGGGCGUUAUAUAACCAUGUACAGAAAGCAAGCAGAUUACCUUCAGGCUGUGACUACUCACUCUUCAAGGAUGGAAUUCAACCUAUGUGGGAAGACGACAGGAAUAAAGACGGAGGACGGUGGUUAAUUAAUCUUAACAAAAAUCAGAGACAGACAGAUCUGGAUAACUUCUGGUUAGAAACGUUACUUUGUUUAAUUGGUGAGUCGUUUGAGGAGUAUAGCGAGGACAUCUGUGGUGCUGUAGUCAAUAUCAGAAACAAGGGAGAUAAACUCAGUCUCUGGACAAGAGAGGCCAGGAGAAAUGAUGCCAUAUUAAAAAUAGGAAGAAAAUUAAAAGAAAGAUUAAGUAUACCAUCCAAAAUACAAAUAGGUUUCCAGGCACAUACAGACACCAUGACAAAAACAGGUUCCACAGCAAAAGAUCGUUUCCGUGUUUAACACAGGCUGAAACUUUAAUUAGUCAAAAAACAUUUAUCUCACCCCUCCCUGAUGCAUUACAGACUUCCUUCAUGGUUGUGCAACUGCUUGGACAAUUAUUACAGGCUGUUUAAAGUGUACACUACCGCAGAACACCAACAGAUGACUCUAUAUUUUAGAUUAUACCAUAGAAGUGCCUAUGAUAUGUUAGCCUGAUGUGCAUCAGGCAGGUUCAUGAAUGCCUGCGUUUACAGAGUGCUCUUGUUAAAUGCCUGAAUUUGCAUUCACCUCAUGUGAAGAUACAUGUAAACAUGGAUACUUUUUUUCUGAAUUAUAAGACUAUGUCAAUGAAGUGCUAGGUUUCUGUGUUGAUUAUUUGUGUUGAAACCUUUUUUAAUUAUUCCCUGUGGCUCUCUUAUGUCAUGUGGUACAGAGUGAUUGCAUUUAAUUAUUUAUUUGUUUAUUUUUGUAUGUUAAACAGAGCAGUUCCAUAAUCCCUUUGUCAUUGAUACAGAAGAGGGGAAGGAGAGAUAACUCUUGUUUUUUGUGGGUUUCAUUGGUGUGUGUGUUUCAAGCAUGUCCCACAUAUUUGUUAAGGAUUAUGCUGAAGUAGGAACUCAUAUAAAAAAUAAGAUGUAAACCCAUCAUUUAUUUAGAAGAUUAAUUUUUUCCUACCUUUUCUGCAGAAAUAGCAUUUGUUGUUUCACAUAUUACAUGUAGAAAUGAUAUUUUUUAUAAAGGAUUGUAUUUGAGAGUUUUGGCUUCGAUAUUUUGAACUCAGUUUAACCUUCAUAUUUCUGACCUGCAUUAAUUUGUAUUCAACUGUUGAUUGUAUAAAAUGUACACUUGAACAUGGACUCUGGUGUAAAACAUUGUGAUCUGUUCCAUGUAUAAUCCUAUGUGUUUACGACUAUGUAUUCCCCAGCAUGUUUUGUCCUGUAGUUGCUAUGUGUAUUAAAGGAUGAAUGAAAGGCUACAUGUGGAAUUUUUAUAAGGGAUGACUGGUGGUUGAAGGAUGGUGUUGUAUGCUUCACAGAUAUAAUACUGCUUAGUUAACUCACUUGGCUCCAAAAAAAUUUCUUUGAUACAUUUUGUUUUUUUUCUUGAUGUAAGCUCAUGAAUAAAUUCCCUUUUUCAUGCCCUUUUGAAUCACUUUAUUAUGAGCAAACAAACGGAAAGUUUUCACGUUUUUUUUUCUUUGCUCCCUGUUUGAUAAAUUGUGUAUCAACAGUUAGUUGAUGAACAUGGAAAAAUUGAAGUGCAUUUUUUUUCUUGAUCCAUUGUUAGUAUGGUAGUGUGUUAUUGUUGAUAUGAUUUAAUUGAAGAUAUUGAUACAUAAACCAUGAAAAAAUAAAUACAGAGAAAAUAUA